CACGGUUCUUUGCUCGGCUCCGCUCCGCUCCGGCGAUCCCCGCCCGUAGCUAGAUCUGGUGCCGCGGGAGGUUCUUUCCCUGCCCGGCGGGAUGGGGCGGCGGCUUCUAGGGCUGUGGUGGCUCGUCGUGGUUUUGUUCGCGGCGGAGGCGCUGGCCGCGGAGGAGACGGCGGUCGUCGUCGGAGGAGAGCCGGGGCCGCGCCGCCACGCCUACGCGGCGAUGAUGUACAUGGGCACGCCCCGCGACUACGAGUUCUACGUCGCCACGCGCGUCAUGAUGCGCUCGCUCAGGGGCCUCUCCGCCCACGCCGACCGGGUCGUCAUCGCCUCGCUCGACGUCCCGCCCAACUGGGUCCAGGCGCUGAAGGAUGAUGGCGUGACGGUGGUCUCUGUAGAUAAUUUGAAGAAUCCUUACGAAAAACAAGAAAACUUCAACACACGAUUCAAGUUGACCUUAAAUAAGCUGUAUGCUUGGACCUUAGUUUCCUAUGAUCGAGUUGUUAUGCUAGACUCUGACAACAUGUUUCUCCAGAACACUGAUGAACUAUUUCAGUGUGGGCAGUUCUGUGCUGUCUUCAUCAACCCGUGUAUCUUCCACACAGGCCUCUUCGUACUGAAGCCAUCUAUGGAAGUUUUUAAGAACAUGCUACAUGAGCUAGGUGUUGGGCGUAAAAACCCAGAUGGUGCAGAUCAGGGCUUUCUUACUGGCUAUUUCCCGGAUUUGCUUGACCAACCAAUGUUCCACCCACCAGUUAAUGGUAGCAAACUUGAUGGAAAUUAUCGCCUUCCUCUAGGCUAUCAGAUGGAUGCAUCUUAUUACUAUUUGAAGCUCCGCUGGAGUAUUCCGUGUGGACCGAAUAGUGUGGUUACAUUUCCAAGUGCACCAUGGAUGAAGCCAUGGUACUGGUGGUCUUGGCCAGUCUUACCUCUGGGGCUUUCUUGGCAUGAACAACGUCGUGAACUUUUAGGGUAUUCGUCGGAGAUACCGAUGGCAUUAUUCCAGGCUCUACUAUACAUUGGAGUAAUUGCAGUCAACCGACUAGCGCGGCCUAGUUUGUCAAAGCUAUGUUACAACAGAAGAAUGGAGAAAAACAUUAUGUUUUCACUCACCACGCUCAGAGUAGUGGCAGCAUGGUCCAUACUUGCAGCUUACAUCGUUCCCUUCUUCCUCAUACCCCGGACUGUCCAUCCGCUGCUAGGCUGGCCACUUUACCUGCUCGGCUCUUUCUCCCUUUGUUCACUUGUGAUCAGUGUCUUCAUCCUUCAACCCCUUGCUGUUCUCACAAUAUGGUUUGGUCUCAUCGGCACACUCUUUGUGAUGGCAUGCCCAUGGUAUAUGAAUGGUGUGGUCAGGGCAUUGGCCGUGUUUGCCUAUGCGUUUUUCUGCGCGCCGGUUGCUUGGGCAUCUCUGGUGAAGAUAAUGAGCUCCUUGCAGAACCUAAUUGAGAGGGAUGCUUACAGACUUGGAGAACCUAACCAGACGGUCGAAUUUACCAAGCUUUACUAAGGUGGGAACAACAGAUACAUAUGGUCACUUCUAGUGUCAUUCAAUUUAAUCAGCUAAUCCCAAUUUACAUUGGCAAUUCUGAUGGCCAAUUCAGUUGUACAAGUAAACCGAGUUUGGGUACUACAAAUGUUGUAACACCAACUGGAACCAUUGGAAGUUUGGAGCCCAUGAUUGUCCUCUUGGACGUGUAAAUGAUGUAUACAGUGCAGGAGAAGGGGAAAAUUGAUGCGUGUGAAAAUGUGUUUGGUGUGGUA